ACCCUAAAUGUUGAUAUUGAGGUCGUUUAUAUCACAAUACGAAGUUCUCAAUGAUUUCAUUGUUGUAAUACAGGAAAUAAUAUAAAGGAGGAAGAGCCGGUCGCUCACAUUGCUCCUCCAAGGCCGUUAUUCUUCUUCAGCAAGUCGGCCAUACCUACAACUAGAUAUCUACUCCUACGAUUUUGACAAAAUGAAGCUCCUAGCUACCAUCACAAGCGCUGCUCUGCUUGUCUGCAGUGUUUCUGCCCAGCAGGCUAUAGUUUCCAGCUCUUGUAACUUCACAGUCUACGUGCAGUCAUUCCCUUACGACGGGAGCACGCCGGGCACACUAACUGCUGUCCCACCCGGAGGCCGCUUUGCGGAGAACUUCCGAGAGACCGGAUCCACCGUCAAGAUCGCGAAGACCAGGACGCUUAGCACCCCGCUGUUCUUUGGGUACUCGUUCUCCUCGAACCCAGAUUACGCGUACUACGAAUUCAGCACAGAAUGGGGGAAUCCUUUCGCCGCCUCUCACAAUAUCUUAACCCCGGGCGAGGGCUGCGAGCUCUUCGACUGUGCUGCGAGCGACGCGGCCUGCUACAGCACGCCCGCUAUGAAAAAGGUUUAUGGUUGUCCGCAGCCUGUGAAUUUGGAGGCCGAGCUCUGUGUCGAGGAUUAGGUGGUAAGACUCUGCAGUUGGUAGGUAGUACAGCAGAUAAAGUACGUGAGAAAUGAUAAUCUGUCGUGGUUGACUGUAUUCAAGAGAUUACUUCUCAUCGCGUGUACUUAUGCAUAAAAUUGACGCAAAUAAAGAAAACUUGAAGAUCUAUGGAGCCAUGUUUUUAUUUUUUUCAGCUGAUACCAGGGUUACAUCGUGUUGGGCGCAAAAUACCAUCCCUUUUCGUCUGACCUGCAUAGAGGACCUUCACCGCACUCCG